CCCCCUCUCCUGCCCCCUCUCCUGCAGAGCCGAGGAGGGACCGAUCUUGUCGGUUUAGAAGAGUCUCCCGCACAACACGCAGACUGCCCCGUCACGCGUUCUCAUCGAGGGAGGGCGUUUUCUAAAAGGGGAAACUGACUGGUCGUUUGCAGUGAGAAAUACCAUCUGAUCGAGCGGGAUCUGGGAGCUCAACAGAGGGGAGGAGACAUACGUGGGACAAACGUUUAACCUUUUCAAACCAGGGAAAUCACGUGCGUUCCGUUGUUGUUCCAGCCCUUCAUCCAGCUGCGGUCCAACAACCUUCAACAUUCCAUCCGUAACCAUGGCCCCCCAUGGAUUCCGCAGACUAUUCCUGUUUGCGCUGGCUCUGCCAAUCACGGUGCAGAUGGGCGUGGCCAGAGCCUGCAGGGCGGGGUCAGGGGCCGAGUGCGAGAAAGCCCCGUUCGUCCCGGGUCAUAACCUGGCAGGGGAAGGUUUUGACGUGGUGAGGAUGCGCCGUACCGGGGCCUACGUUAUCAACGUGAAGGUUCACCUUACUGACAACAACACCUGCACGCUGUGUGAAAACCGCUUCCAGGGAGGGCAGGUCCAGAGGCUUCCGUCGGCCGUCUUGGACUGGCGUCCGUUCAGCCGCUGCAGCAAGCAGCUGUCGAGCGCCCUGCACCACUCGGUGGACUCCCUCCUGCGGAGCUCGUCCUCGGUGAUCAGUAAUAACUGGGGCGCGGGGCUGAGCCUGGACACGUACGGCAAGGCCCUUCUGGGGGGCGGCAGCUCAGAGAUGGCCAAGUUCGCACGCUCGCAGCACAGCGUCGACAAGGCCACCUUCGCCCUGCACGAGAUCAGCUGCACCUACUACAGUUACCGGCUGUCGGACCACCCCCAGCUCAGCGCCGAGUUCUCCAAGCACCUCAAGAAACUCCCUCGAGGCUACGACUCUCAAAGCCGACCCCUCUACCGCCGUCUGAUAGACACAUACGGAACACACUACAUCCACCAGGUGCACCUGGGGGGCAAGGUGAGGCGCGUCACGGCCUUCCGUACCUGCCUGGCCACGCUGAAGGGCUUCUCAGAGCGGGAGAUCAAGACCUGCCUGAACCUGGAGCUGCGCUUGGCGCUGGGUUUCCUCCCCGCCAACGCCUCCUUCUCCAACAAGUGCGAAGACAUGCUGAAGGGCAACAUGACCAUGGGCUUCUACCAGGGGUUCAUGACCCACAAGGUGGAGGUGCUGGGCGGGGACCGCUACCUGCCAGGCAUCCUCUACCACCAGGACAAGGACCCGUCCGAGGCCUACAGUGCCUGGAUGAGCAGCCUCCAUGCCAACCCAGACGUGGUCUCUUAUGCCAUCUUCCCCCUGCACCAGCUGGUGGACGACCCCCAGGUCAGCGCCAACCUGCGGACCGCCGUCAGCCAGUACAUCCAGGACAACCAGCUGUCCGGGGACCAAGGAGGGGUGAGGAACUGCUCCCCGACCCCGAAUCUGGACCACAACUGCUGCCCGCUUCGGGCCGGCCGCGGGGUCCUGAGGCUGGAGGUCCGCCGGGCGGCCGGGCUGAGGGCGGACACCUUCACCAAGACGGACGCGUACGUGAAGGUCUGGUACGACGGGCGGUACGAGGAGACGGCCACGGUGCUGGACGACAACGACCCGUGGUGGAACGUGACGUACGGGCUGGGCUCGGUGGAGCUGGGGCACCAGCUGGUGCUGGAGGUGUGGGACAGGGACGUGCUGUACAACGACAUGGCCGGCAGGUGUGUGGUCUUCCCUGAGAGAGGGGUGCACUCGCACAGCUGCCGGCUCAGCAGGGGGGUGCUGCACUUCAGCUACAGCGUCAGGUGUGACCCUCACCUGACUGGAUACAGGUGCGGACGCUACUCGCCCAGCGCGGAAUAGCGGGGGUCGGAGUCAACGUCCACGGUCCCGCAAACCACGAUGGGGGUGACGGUCAGCGGUGGGGAGAGACACUGAGAGACAAUGCACUAUUUCUACCGACGUAGAAAUAGUGCAUUUAGAAAGUACAGCAGAAGAUCCAAGCAUCAGAAGUUCAAAGUUAGAACAGUAUUUCAGUUGUCAUCAAGGAAACGUCUAUAGGCCUGUUUGUAAAGUAACCAGUAUCUCAGCAAUCAGGCCAGGUGAAUGUUUACUAUGUGUCGCUGGCUAACUCAGUAACCUGUAUUGUGUUGUAGAUUAAGAGUUUUAUACAGAUGAGUGUGGUUUUGUGACCAAUUGUGUUAUUUCUAACAUGAGAGAUUUUGACAUUUUGGGGAUUUUCGUUUUUUAAUUCUGCAUGGUUUAUUGUAAAAUAUGUCUGAGAUCAAACAAUAACAGACGUUAUUUUGAUAUGUUUGGUAUUUGUUUAAAAGUGUCAAUCUUAUAUGACCCAGCGAGAACUGCACAUGUGAACAAUUCUCAACUAAUAAAAAGAUGAGU